CGGCAGCGGGCGAGUGGUCAGCGCGAUGGCGGCGAUGGCGGUUUUCGAGUUGCGCCUGGCCGGGCAGGAGGCGCAACUCCGCGAACUCGGCGCCGCGAUGGAGCGGCUACAACGGGGGGACGAGGAGUUGGUUGUCGGUCCGGAGCUGCAAAGCCUCAGAGAGGAGAAUGAGAAACUCAAGUACCGGCGGCUGCACCUGGAGCGAAGCCUGCGGGCGGAGCUGGGCAGUGGGCAGCCCAGCGGCCGGGCAUCACCGCGGGAGAUCAGGGCGUCCGGGGCCCAGACUGAUGCUGACUCUCAGCAGCUGGCUCGGCAGCUCAAGAACAAGAAGGAAGAGCGCAGUCCAACUCGAGGAGAGGCCAAAUCAAUAGAGUGGAGCGAGUGGCCGUCCUAUGUUGAGGAACGCUUACGCCUUUAUGAGAGUCUCAAACGGGAGCGUGAUUCCAUACUUAGUGAGCGGGCUGCACGGCACAGCAGAAUUAUCACCAUUACAAUGCCAAACAGCACGGAGAUUCGCGGGGAAUCGUGGAAGACAACACCUUAUCAGGUCGCCUGUCAAAUCAGCUGGAGAUUAGCGGAGAGUUCCAUUAUUGCCAAAGUUGAUGGUGAGCUGUGGGACCUGGAUCGGCCCCUGGAAGGAGAUACCAGUCUUGAGCUGUUAAACUUUGAAGACCCAGAGGCGCGAGCUGUAUACUGGCACUCGAGUGCACACAUUCUGGGAGAAGCCAUGGAGCGGUAUUAUGGAGGCUGCCUAUGUUACGGCCCACCCAUAGAGACUGGAUUCUAUUAUGAUGUGUUCCUGGGAGACAGAGGAGUGUCCAGUGGCGAGUUUCCUGACCUGGAGAAUAUCUGCAAAUCAAUCAUGGAGGACUGUCAAUCAUUUGAGAGAUUGGAGGUCAGCAAGCAAACUCUGCUUGAAAUGUUUAAGUACGACAAGUUUAAAGUACGGAUAUUAAACGAGAAAGUUGACACACUGACUACCACGGUGUACAGGUGUGGCCCAUUGAUUGAUUUAUGCAGGGGACCCCAUAUCAGGCACACUGGCAAGAUUAAAGCCUUGAGAAUUUACAAGAACUCCUCGACACACUGGGAAGGAAACGCAAACAUGGAGACUCUGCAGAGAAUCUACGGGAUCUCAUUUCCUGAUGGUAAGAUGCUGAAGGAAUGGGAGCGAUUGCAGGAGGAAGCCAAGAACCGGGACCACAGAAAGAUUGGAAGGGAGCAAGAAUUGUUUUUCUUCCAUGAGCUCAGCCCUGGAAGCUGCUUCUUUCUCCCGAGAGGGACUUCUAUUUACAACACACUGACAGCAUUUAUACGGGAGGAGUAUCAUAGACGUGGAUUCACUGAAGUGGUGUCUCCAAAUAUCUACAACAGCCGUCUAUGGGAGGUUUCUGGCCACUGGCAGCACAACAGUGAGAGCAUGUUCAGCUUUGAGGUAGAGAAGGAAGUAUUUGCACUGAAGCCCAUGAAUUGCCCAGGUCACUGUUUGAUGUUUGACCAUCGCCCACGGUCCUGGCGUGAACUCCCUCUGCGGUUAGCUGACUUUGGUGUUCUUCAUCACAACGAGCCUUUGGGAGCAUUAAGCGGAUUAACUAGAGUGCGCCGUUUCGAACAGGAUGAUGCUCACAUCUUCUGUACGAUAGAGCAGAUUGAGGAGGAGAUAAGGGGAUGCCUGGACUUUCUCCGCUCGGUGUAUGGUGUGUUUGGCUUCAGUUUCCAGCUCAACCUCUCCACACGGGCAGAGAAGUUUCUUGGAGAUGUCAACUUGUGGCAGCAGGCGGAAAAGCAGUUGGAAUGCAGUUUGAACAAGUUUGGCGAGUGCUGGAGACUGAGUGAGGGGGACGAAGCUUUGUGUGGACCAAAGAUCGACAUUGAGAUAAAGGACGCUGUAGGCCAAUACCAUCAAUGUGCAACCAUCCAGCUGGACUUCCAGCUACCCAUUAAGUUUAAUCUGACGUAUGUUAGUAAGGAUGGAAUGGAUGGAAGUCGCCCGGUUAUCAUUCACCGCGCUGUGUUGGGAUCGCUGGGACACAUGGUGGCUAUCCUCGCUGAGAACUACGCCGGGAAAUGGCCAUUCUGGCUGUCCCCCCGUCAGAUUAUGGUCAUCCCUGUUGUACCAGGCUGUGAGGAGUAUGGUCGAAUGGUUUGCCAAGAGUUUGUCGAAGCUGGUUUCAUGGCCGAUGUGGACCUAGAUCCUGGCUGUUUGCUGAAUAAGAAGAUCCGUGAUUCACAACUUGCUCAGUAUAAUUUCAUUCUCGUAGUCGGGGAGAGGGAGAAAGUGAAUCAUUCAGUGAAUGUCCAUACACGAGAUAACAAGGUACAUGGUGAGCUUUCUGUGGGAGCAACUAUAGAGAAAAUGAAGAGGCUGCAGCAACUGCGUAAAGUAAGGGCUGAAGAGGAGUUUUAAUUUCCCAUCCUGUUUGCUGGAUGGAUGAAUAGACUGUGAAAAACAUUUAACAGAAUCAUAGAAGAACCCAGGGACUACUAGGUACUAUUUAAAUAAACCUCUCAUUAAUUGAAGCUGCGAUGUUAAUGUUCUGACCUGGAAACCAUUCUGUAACGAAGAUGUGAAGCUUGGCUAAUCUGAUUCUGGCACUUGUCUGUUGUUAAAUGGAACGGAGAUAUUUAAUUUCUAGCUAUGCCUAACAAACAAAACACAUGGAUCAGUAUCACAGCUGCUGCUCACUGCAUGUCCUAGUGCAUGGAGGAGAUAAAGGUAAAUUUAAUUUAAAAAAAUGCAGAAUUUCACUUUUUAUUGAAUAAAAUGUUGGCUGAUACUAUGCAGCUCCCUGGU